CAUAGGUACUUGACCCGGAACAGCUUCCCCCACCUUGCUCCCUCUCCACUACCAUCUUCUCCGCACACUCCUAACAAUUAUCGCAAUGUCACAGGUCAUCGUCGUUGGAGGUGGCCUUGCUGGUCUCUCUGCAGCUCACACCCUUCUUGAGCGUGGUGCUAAUGUAUUGCUACUUGACAAGCAAGGAUUCAUGGGUGGAAACUCCACCAAGGCCACUUCUGGUAUCAACGGUGCUGGUACCCAGACACAGCAGGAGGCUGGUAUUCCAGAUAACGCAAAGAUUUUCUUCGAGGACACGAAGAAAUCUGCUCGUGAACUUGCUCGCGAUGACCUUAUCCGUGUGUUGACCGGCCGCUCAGGCGAUGCUGUCAACUGGCUACAGGACAAAUUCGGUCUGGACCUCUCAAAGGUCGCGCGGUUAGGAGGCCAUAGCCAGCCUCGUACACACAGAGGGAAUGCACAAUUCCCUGGUAUGGUUAUUACUUACGCACAAAUGGAGCGCCUGGAGGAUUUGGCAGUGAGCCAGCCAGACCGCGUGAAGAUUUACAAGAAGUCCCGUGUCACGAAGCUUCUUAAAGACGAGUCUGGCGCAGUUACGGGUGUUGAGUAUGUCCGCAAUGGCAACACAGAAACUGCAUACGGCCCCGUUGUCCUCGCUACUGGUGGUUAUGCCGCCGAUUUCACUGGCGGUGACUCUCUGCUGAAGAAGCACCGUCCUGAAUACUAUGAUCUCCCGACGACGAAUGGUGACCACUGCACAGGUGAUGGUCAGAAGAUUGCCAUGGCUAUUGGUGCGAGUGCGAUCGACCUCGAAAAAGUGCAAGUGCACCCGACGGGUCUUGUUGACCCUAACGAGCCCGACGCGAAAGUGAAGUUCUUGGCUGCAGAGGCUCUUCGUGGUGUUGGCGGUUUACUUCUUGACAAGAACGGCGACCGUUUCGUCGAUGAACUUCAACAUCGCGAUUACGUCACUGGCAAGAUUUGGGAGAAUGGCAAGUAUCCCAUUCGCUUGAUCCUUAACGGGCAGUCUUCAAGCGAGAUCGAAUGGCACUGCAAGCACUAUGUCGGUCGUGGUCUCAUGAAGCGUUUCGAUUCUGGCGAGGCUCUUGCUAAAGAGAUGGGCAUCAAGCCUGAAUAUCUUAAGAAGACUUUCGACACGUACAAUGCAGGUGUCAGGGCAAAGAAGGAUCCAUUUGGAAAGAAGUACUUUUCAUCAGGAGAGUGGAGCAUGAAUGACUACUUCAACGUCGCAAUUAUGACCCCUGUAUUGCACUACACCAUGGGUGGCUUGGAAAUCGACCCCGAAUCACGUGUCAUCGGAAAGGAUGGCAAACCCAUCUCUGGUCUCUUCGCUGCUGGUGAGGUUGCUGGUGGUGUACACGGUGCCAACCGUCUUGGUGGUUCGUCACUGCUUGGAUGUGUUGUUUUUGGACGUGUAUCUGGCGAUUCAGCUGCUGCCUAUCUCCUCCAGACGACUAGCGCCAUCGUAGAGAAGGCGGGCGGACGUCUUGGUGCACUCGUAGGACAGCUCGAGUCGAAGCCUGCUACUUCAUCUGCAUCUACACAGCCUGCUGCCACGAGUGUUCCCGCCCAGUCGUCAUCGCUAUCAAAGGAAUUCAGUGCCGCGGAUGUAGCUAAGCACAACAAGAAGGACGACAUCUGGGUCAUUGUUAAUGGCCAAGUGCUGGACGUCACAUCCUUCUUGCCUGAUCAUCCGGGAGGCGAGAAAGCUAUCAUUCUCUACGCUGGUCGUGACGCUACUGAGGAAUUCAACAUGCUCCACGACCCGAAGGUGAUUCCAAGAUAUGCACCAGACGCUGUCAUUGGCACACUCAAGAAGUAGGGGAUAAAUGGCGCUACGACUCCGCUCAGAAAAAGUAGAGGAACUAUAUCUGUCAUCUUUCUUCAACAUCGCAUAUCUCUUUCUCUCAUGUCUCUGCUUGGUUGCUGUAAUCCAGUGUAUUCUAAUGUUGUGUUCUCUUCAUACCAUCUUUGACUGACUGAUUCAUGAGGCCAACACGAGGCCGUGGCUGUUGCAAAGUUUGAAUACUAAAUGCCGAAUUGUUUCUUGAUACGCCUCCGCCAUAACAAGCUUGGGAAUAUUCCUGCGGCGGCGGUUUUAAAGUUUGUGCGUACGUUCUUUUUACUAU